GCUGCUGGGGCAGUGGUAGAAGUGCGGUUGACUUCGGUCUUCAAUAAUGGCAUAUGUUUAACAAAAAAAAGCGAGUCCGUCUCCUUUGCUUUCACUUACAGCAUCCUUCUUUCCCACUAGCUGUCGCGCUUCCUUGCCCUUUGCCUCUUCCUCGUUGUCACUUUCUCCUCCCCUGCACUCAGUCACUUCUUUUUUCUGCUUUUCCUUCUAUUCCGUUUCCUUGGGUCCCCUGUUCCUCCUCCUCUCAUACACGUUUCCGCAUUUCCCAUUCCUCACACAGCAUAUCCCCUCUUUCCGCUUUCUCCGCCCGUUUCCCUCUUCCUCCUCCCUCCUUCCCACCUCCAUCUCUCGCAGCAUCCUCCCGGAGGUAGAGGAAGGAGAAAGCAGAGGGAGUGCCCUGCGCUUAAGCACCGUUACUACCAAAAGGCUGCACAGACUAUACGUUUGGGUGGUGGCGGAAAAGCAGGAAGCAUUCACGCAAGGAUCGUACAUUUUUCUUUUUCGAUUAGAUGAUUCCGCCGUUCUCUUUUUGUCUAGGUUCUUGCUUAUUCUGCGCUACCAAUACUCUUCAAUCCUACUAACGUUUUUCUCUGCAAGAUUCGCAGCCCUUUUACCCUCUAUUGUCUCCUGUUUCAUUUUUAUUUUUAAAAUAGCCACAUUUUAUUUUCACUUUGGGUCGUCCAUUUCCAUCUUUAAAGGUUGCCAUUCGUCUCUUCUGCUUCCUGUGUGAUGCAUGAGCUCUGUCCAUUUUCCCUAUCCUGCUUUAUUUCACCCUGUUUCUCUCACUGUCAUUGAAACUCCCAUCCCUCGCAUUUCUACCCCUCAGAUCAUAUCCCCUCCCACCCUGAUGGCUCUAUUCUAACAAUCCCUCCUCCCCUGUCCCCUUACUAUUCAGGGAGGGGAGGCGUUAUGAUGCAGAGGAAGGUAAAGCCCCCCUCUGGGGCAGUUCCUGGUCGCUCUGCUGAACUUCGUGUUUUUCGUGGCCCCACCAAUGCGGUGCAUGAGUCACGCCUGCCAGGUGCCCCUCUGCGCCGGCAACGCUCUCUUACAAAUCUUUCGGUGCUAACGGAUGCUGAAAAAAAGUUACGCUUGUGUGGCCCUGAUUGGUGUGAUGAUCUCUCAGCUGUGAACUCUUCUAGGAUCCAAAAUGCUGCCCCACCAUCUCCUGCUAUGUCAAGGGCAUUGUCUCGUUCAGAGCAUUCUCUUCUGCAGCCUAGGACCCCCAGCCGUAUUCCCCGUGGCCCAUAUGCAGAGGUAAAACCUUUAAGCAAGGCACCGGAGCCCUCUUCAGGAGUCCCUGCUGGAGGGGACCCUGGCAAAGAGGCUGCAGAAGACAAGAAAGCAUUCUUGAAGGUGGACCCCGAAUUAGUAGUGACUGUUUUGGGCGACUUGGAGCAGCUACUUUUCAGCCAGAUGUUAGAUCCUGAAACCCAGCGAAAGCGAACUGUUCAAAAUGUUCUGGAUCUCAGACAGAACCUGGAAGAUACUAUGUCCAGUCUACGUGGUUCCCAAGUUACGCACAGCUCCCUAGACAUGCCAUGUUAUGACAGUGAUGAUGCCAACCCUCGGAGUGUCUCCAGCCUCUCUAACCGUUCUUCUCCAGUGUCUUGGCGUUAUGGACAAGCUAGCCCAAGGUUGCAAGCAGGGGAGGCUCCAUCACUGGGUGGGUGUCGAUCAGAGAGUGGUGUUGGAGGUUGGCAGUUUUCUCACACUAUGCCUCUACGUGGUGGAACAAGAAUCUGCAAUAUUACACAACAUUUAGAUUUGAUGGACCCUGGGGGCCGUGAUAUUAAAAGUGGUUAUGGAAGUGACAGUGAUUACCAGCUGGGCAAAGAAACAGCAAAUGAUGAUGAUGACAUCAUCACCAGUUGGGAUGAGAGCAGUUCAAUCAGCAGUGGGCUCAGUGAUGCCUCUGGUAAUCUGAGCUCUGAAGACUGUAAUGCUGUCUCUCUUGCUUCAAUGCCAUCUACUCCUACUGCAUCUCGAAGAAGUUCUGCUAUUGCUCUCCGCACAGAUUCAGAGAAACGUUCACUGGUAGAGAGUGGACUAAGCUGGCACAGUGAGCCUGAAGAACGUGGACCACGUAGGAUGGAAUAUGACAGUGGCAGCCUCAAAUCAGAGCAUGGGUCUUCACGUUGGAGGCGGGAGAAGAGUGAUGAUCUCUCCAAACCUGAAACCAAAAAACCUGUCACCCUUGGGCAGCCACUUCGUAAAGGGAAGAAUCCACCAGUGGGAGUUACAUCACCCAUUACCCAUACUGGGCAAAUCGCUCAAAAGGGAGGAGGCAAAACAGAGCAGAAAGCAACUGACAAAACCAAGCUCACGCUAAAGACAGCAGCUCUCCAAAGAUCCUCUUCAGAUGCUGGUCGAGACCCACGUUCACCUGAUGCUAAAAAACCCCCUUCUGGCAUUGCCCGUCCAGCCACUUCAUUUGGGUAUAAGAAGCCAGCAACACCUUCUUCCCCCAUCACUGGCUCCACCACCCUAGGAAAAGCCCAGAAGACCUCAGGAAUCCCAGUUAAGCCCACACCUGGCCCUGCAGGGAUCAAUAGGAAGACUAGCCUUGAUGUAUCAGGAGUAACAGAGGCUGGUUUCCUAUCACCCUCAGCUCGAACCAACAUUCAGUAUCGCAGCCUCCCACGUCCAGCCAAAUCAAACACAAUGAGUGUUACUGGAGGCAAGAGUACUAUUCGGCCCCUUAGCAGCACCAUUGAUGUAAACUUGGUACCAGUGCAGGGGAAGUCCAUUGGUGUCCCUAACUCACGUCUGAAGGAGCCUUCCAAGGUAGGCAUAGUUCGGCUGGGGGUAAACCAGACUGACCGUGAGAAGGAGAAGGCUCGUGCUAAGGCUGUGGCCCAGGACACAGAGAGCAGAGUAGCCAAUGCCAACCAAAUAGAGCCCCAAUGGCACAAAGGAAAGGAACCAACUGCAAUAACCCCACACAAGGCUAUAACAAAACCAUUCUUAAAGACGCCAACACUCUCCAAUUUGGAUAAAGUUAAUUCAAACAGCCUGGACUUCCCUGUGCCAGAGGAGCCCCUAAACAAACAGUUAGAACUUCCCCAAGGAGGACCCUGCCUUACUCCCAGCCCAGCUCCCAUCUUGAAUAUCAACACUGCAAGCUUCUCCCAAGGUAUUGGCAGCUUAAGGAUGUAUCCAAAACUAUCUGGGUUGCAUCGUAGUAUGGAGUCUCUUCCUCUUUCUAUCAGUGUGCCCCCUUCACCUCCUGCUGGUGAGGAGAGGAACUUGCCAAACACCUGCUGGGGUGACAUGAAGCUUAAGUCUCCUGUAACUGAGAGCUCUAUACAAGACAGAAACACUUUGCCGAAAAAAGGUUUGAGAUACCAGUCACACUCUCAGGAUGAAUCAAAGGAGAGACGGCACUCACACACAAUUGGGGGAAUCCAGGAUGCUGAAGAUCUGUCUCCUCUACCUCCACCCCUUCCCCUUACCAGUGUGGGAAAGCCUCCAAUAAGCAGCUUGGUGAGUCCAUCCUCUGUUCCCCGCAUUGCUCGCUCAAGUAGUAUUCCAGCUCAGGAUUCAUCCUUUGAACUUUUCGGUUCUUCGAACCUCGGCAGUUCUCUAUCACUUGCAGAACGUCCUAAAGGAACAAUGACAAGAUCUGGCUCUUUCCGUGACCAUACUGAUGAUGUUCAUGGAUCAGUCCUGUCUCUGGCAUCAAGUGCAUCUUCUACAUAUUCCUCUGCUGAGGAAAAGAUGCAGUCUGAGCAAAUACGAAAACUUCGCAGAGAACUGGAGUCCUCACAGGAAAAAGUGGCAACUCUUACUACACAGUUGUCUGCUAAUGCAAACUUGGUUGCAGCAUUUGAACAAUCUUUAGUAAAUAUGACAUCUAGACUACGUCUACUUGCAGAUACUGCUCAACAGAAGGACUCAGAACUUGUAGACUUAAAAGAGACAAUUGAUUUACUAAAGUCAAAGAACUCUGAAGCCCAAGCUGUCAUCCUAGGUGCUCUGAACCCAACAGACACAGCAUCAAGAGAACUACGCAUCCGAAGGCAGAAUUCCUCUGACAGCAUUUCUAGUCUGAACAGCAUUUCAAGUCAUUGUAGUGCAGGAAGUUUCAAAGACAACGACAGUAAGAAAAAGAAGAAGAAGAGUUGGCUCCGUAGCUCCUUUAAUAAGGCAUUCAACAUGAAAAAGGGUCCUAAGACAGCUUCUUCCUACUCUGAUAUUGAAGAAAUGGCUACCCCUGAUUCCUCUGCUCCAACAUCCCCCAAACAACAACAUGGCCAGGCUGGUCCCCCUUCUCCUUCUCUGCACUCUUCCCCAUCUUCUUCUGUGAUCUUUGAAGCUCAGGAAGGUGAAGAGCCAGAAAAAAGGGAGGUCUCAGAGUUGCGCUCUGAAUUAUGGGAAAAAGAAAUGAAACUGACAGAUAUUCGCCUUGAAGCUUUAAAUUCUGCCCACCAAUUAGAGCAGUUACGAGAGACCAUGCACAAUAUGCAGUUGGAGGUGGAUCUUUUAAAGGCAGAAAAUGACCGUCUCAAAGUUGUGCCGGCUCCCUCAGCACCUAGUGGCAUUGGGUCUUCCUGCCCAUCUCCUCGACGUUCCUUAGCAUUAUCUCUAACACAGUCCUUAGGCAUCCCUGCAUCAACAGAUACAGAUCUUUCUCCUAUGGAUGGAUUGAAUGGAUCACUGAAACGUGAGGUAACAGUAACUCUGCGCACAGUGGUCAGAGUCCCUCCUCAGCAUAUUAUUAAAGGGGACUUAAAGCAGCAGGAGUUCUUUUUGGGCAGUUUAAAUAUCAAUACCAAGGCUGACUGGCAAAGUGUGGACAAUGCUGUGUGCCAAACAUUUCAGGAUUAUUUAAAUCGUUUGGAUCCUGGAUCCACUCUUGGAUUGGGGAAAGAGUCUUUGAGUGGUUAUAGUUUGGGACAUAUAAAAAGAUGGUUGGACACAGAGGUACCUGACACAUCUCCUUCCAGGAUCUUAAAGGGCUGUACAAACAUCCUUUUGCAUCUCAAAGGUCUAAAGGAGAGGUGUGUUGACCUCCUUGUCUUUGAGUCACUUAUUCCCAAACCUAUGCUGCAGCAUUAUGUAAGUUUACUACUUAAGCACCGCCGACUGCUACUGUCUGGUCCUAGUGGUACAGGGAAAAGCUUCCUUGCCCAUCGUCUGGCAGAAUACUUAGUUGAGAGGUCGGGGCGUGAGAUCUGUGAAGGCAUCGUUACUGCCUUUAACAUGCAUCAGCAAAGCUGCAAGGAUUUGCAGCUGUACCUGUCUAACCUGGCAAACCAGAUUGAUCGAGAAACAGGGUCAUGUGAGCUCCCAUUAGUAAUCAUGUUGGAUGAUGUGAGUGAAGGUGGAGCCAUCAGUGAGUUGGUGAAUGGGGCCCUGACCUGCAAGUAUCACAAGUGCCCUUACAUCAUUGGGACAACUAAUCAGCCUGUGAAAAUGAGCCCAAACCAUGGAUUGCACUUAAGCUUCAGGAUGUUGACAUUCUCUAAUAACGUGGAGCCUGCUAAUGGAUUCCUGGGACGAUACCUGCGAAGGAAACUACUAGAAUCAGAGGGCAGCAUUGGAACUGGACAUGCGGAGCUGCUUCGAGUACUGGAUUGGGUCCCUCGUCUUUGGUAUCAUUUGCACACUUUUUUGGAGAAAUACAGCACUCCUGACUUCCUCAUAGGUCCGUGCUUCUUUUUAUCCUGUCCAAUUGGAAUUGAGGAUUUCCGUGUCUGGUUUAUUGAUCUGUGGAACAACUCAAUCAUCCCAUACCUUCAAGAAGGCUCCAAAGAUGGAAUCAAGGUCCAUGGCCACAAGGCAGCAUGGGAAGACCCUGUGGAAUGGGUCAGAGACACACUUCCUUGGCCAAUGGCACAACAAGAUCAGUCUAAGCUUCUACAUCUUCCCCAGCCCACAGUGAGCACCCAUCAUUCUACAUCACCUCCGAGAGAGCACAGCAUUAAAGAUUCCCCUACUACUUCACUGGAGACUGAUCCCUUGAUGGCGAUGCUCCUAAAACUUCAAGAAGCUGCCAACUUUAUUGAGUCCCCAGACAGAGAAACAAUUUGUGAUAGUGACCUCACCACCACCAUUUAAAAAUCCACAACUUGGAACGUUGCAGUGCAAUAAAAAGCAAAGAUCUGCACACACACAGCUAACAUCUCAAGAACUAAUGCUGCGGACAACAAUUAAUUCUUGUGAAGCAAGGAUGUCGACCUAGCUCCACUUAUUUAUUGGAGCAAGGACAGGCUCUGCUCAUCUUCUUAUUGUGAUUAUUAUUAAUAUCUGAUACCAUCAUAACUGUUGGAGGAUGAGGGAAGCAUGAAACAGACUGGUGUUCUGGAUUCUUUUUAAUGAUCGCUUUAUUCAGCCAUUGGGUAAUACAGGUUAAAGGAAAAAUAUAGACUUAUUACAGAAUAUUAUGGCAGAGUAAUGUGUAAUUGGCCUGUCUGCAAAUCAAAUGAUAUUCCUUUCCUUGGACUUCAUUUCUGGCUCCCAGUGACUAGCCAUAGUUUCUAAAUACAAAAGAAAGUUAAGCAUUAGUGGACACUUGGGUCUAGAGAUCCGGUAAUGAAGGGUAUUUAAUCGAAAGACUGUUAAUAAUAUCACUAUACUUCCUAAACCUGACAUAACUUUCAAUAAGAUUAUUUGUUUUUUGGGAAUUUAAAAAAUAUUCACAAGUCAAAUUAAUAUGUGACCCUAAACUACCUGGUAUAGGGUUAGCGCCCAGUGAAAAUAUAGAAGGGCUAUAGCUCACGUUUAUGUAUAAUUAUGUUCCCACUGUCUAGGCUGAGCCCACUCAAAGUAAUAUUUUGUGUCUAUGAAGGUGUUGAACCAACUCAUACACCUUUAGCAUCCUUAGAUAAGCCACACUUGCCAAACCCCCUCUUCAGAUAAUAACCCUUAAGAGCUUCAUCAAGGCCAAAUCAAUGCAUGAUGUUAUUGAUGAAAAUGAAUAUUAUGCUUUUUAAUCUGGAGCUAUGUCUUUGAAAUAUUUUAUUUCAGGGAUUUGUCUUGAGCACUAUUUCGGUUGGAAAACAGUUUUUAUGCCACCAAUUUGAUGCCACAGAGAGUUAAAACACACCAGGGAGCAUUACUUAAAUAUACACAUCAUUAAUAAAAACGUGAAUAACCUGACUUUAGGUACAGCGUUGUAUAAAACAUUUAUAUAAUGCAGAGCACUGUUAUCAACAAAGUAAACAGAGCAAUAGCAUUUAAUAUUUACACUGUUGUGGGUUUGAGGGGACUGUGUGUGGCAUAUUUUGCCCACUCUGGAUAUAGGUGGAACCCAUGCCUCUUAUAAUUUCCCAGGUAUAUAGCCUGGUGGAAGUUCUUUCUUUUAUAUGCAAACAGAUACUUUUACAGCAGGUAACAUUCAACUUACAGAACUUUUUAUGCUUCAGAUUAGAUGUAUUCAUUUUAUUGCAGUACACUGUGUUGUUAUAUGUAUUGCACUUUAUUUCUCUGCAUUGCUGGUCUCUGUGGUAGGAUAUAGUUUAUACACGCCAUUAGUGUGUGUGUUUUGUAGUAUGCAGUUCACUGGCUUCCAGUGCUAUAACAGGGCAUUGGAAUUUUGGUGCUGAAUUCUGGUGCUUACUCUUUUUUAAGAGGAUUGGGUGCCAUCAACAGAUCAAUAUAGUUUGGCCUGUGUACUAAUUAUUAAUGUGUGGAUCAGCCACCUCUUUGGGCUUGCUUUUGGUGCUCAGUCUUUGAAUGUAGGAAACAAACCAUAUGAAGUGAAGUAAAACAGUAACAGUAUUUCUCCAGAUAAAUAUCUCAGAUGGCUUCUUUAGCUUCCUACAGCAAAGGGAAGCAGGCAUUUUAUAUAUGAAUGCAACAAAUAGCUAAAAUACUAUGUACUAAAAGGCAGCAUCUGUAUAUAUACACAGUCUACAAAUCUUUGCAAGAAUUCUUAUUGCUUUCCAUUAUAAAGGCAUAUAAUUUGCUAAAUUUGAAGUCUUGUUAGGGGCAAUGAAAAAUAUACUUGUGUUCAGCACAAGCCCACUGCAUUGUUUUUUACUGAACUGCCAUGCCAGUAAUGUAGUCUUUGUUAUAAUAUAUUUUAAAAUACAUCUACUACACAUUAAAAGCACAGACAGCAAGUGAUUAGGCUAUAACAUAUGAAGCUAUAACAUAAUCACAUUAUCUUUUCUUGCACUGGGCAAUAAAUAAACCAUAACACUCUCAUCCCCCAUCUGAUGUGCCCUUAAACAGGGUUUAUUUUGCAAAGUGGCAAAAAGAGAUAUGUAUGGAUUUUGUUGAACAUAAGUUUUUUACCAUCACAAUAUGUAAAGCAUCUAUUUGUGUGAAAACAGAAUACAGAAAUUUUGAUUCUGAAUAUUCAGAUAGGCUUGUCUCCUUGAAUGAAAUAUUGCAUCUAGACUAGACUAAAAUAUAAUAAUACAUAAAAUACAUCUCUACACAUUUGUGAACAGUGUUUAGCUCAAACUUUUAAAUGUUUAAAUAGUCUUUUACUAAGGAAAAAAUUACAGCUGCUGACUUGAAGUACAAAGGAUUUAAAAGCAUACCAUUUUCUGUUUGGUUGAUAAUUCACCUUUUUUUCAGUGCACUUUAUAAAGGCUUUUUGCUUUCCUACUGAGUUACAUCCUUUCACCUAUUGCAUUUGAUUUUAUAUGUGUGACUCCAGUGACCAUUACAUUUGGAGAAAGUAAAGACAUGCAUGAACUUAAUAUGCACCUUAUUUAGAGUUUAUUUAAGACUGUUAUCAUAACAAUCCUCUACAGAUUUUUGUCCCUAAAUCAGGAACAUCAAACAUGUGGUCUCACAGUUGAGGUGGGAAAUUGUUAUUCAACUGGUAAAGGGCUUAAUAUUACACCCUUGCCCUUGACAUUUAUUGAUCAGUAUAAUGCAUAAUAGCAUGAAAAUCAUGUAAUUCCAGAAGUGAACAUAAGAUUUGAAAUAAUAUGUCUGUGUAAGUUUUAUUUGUAAUCAAAAUGAUGCCUGGAAAAAAAAAUGUACAGCCAUCUAAGUUUAGUAACUCUAAAUAGGUCUUUCAUUUUCAUAUUUAACACUAAUACCAUAUAUUUAUUUAUGUCUUCAUGUGAAAUUUCAAAAUGUCCUUUGUCCUUUCUUAAUUGGUUCUGUCAUUUUUUUUACUUCUGCAUCAUGCCAUGGAACCACAUGUGCUUUAAACAGAUUUGCUUGUUGUUUAGUUUUGACACCCGCUGUUUUCUUUCAGUUGAAUUUUUAGGUGGUUUGUAAAACACCUAGAAAGUAAUCAAUGUUGCCAUAUUUUUUUAUCCAAAAUUAAGGAUAAAUUAAGGAUUCUUUCCAAUGUGUUCAGGUUGCUCCAGUUCUCCUUCAAUUUAACACCUAUCACCACAAUACAAAACAGAACUAUAAAAAGUAAAUAUUUAAAUCAA